GUUAACGGUUUUGAGUCUUCUUCCUUUCUCAUCUCUGAUCAUGUUCUUAGAUAUUACAAAAUCUGUAAUAAGACAAAUAUUAAUAAGGUUCAGAAGUUUAUUUUUUAAUAACAGUCGUGUGAUUUAAGAUCCUCCCAAUGGAACCGAUUUGUCUUUUUAUGUCAUAAACCCUGAGAAAUGCUUUCUCGCUUCAACAUUCAUCAGCCAUGGAAAGUUCGAUUCUUUUCUCGUUCAAUUGGAAACCCAGAUGCCAUUUUGGUGGGAUCAUGUUCCUCUUCCUCUCUUCCAUCCCCAGAGCCAUCGACUAAACCUUCUUCUGAUCAAAACCAGAUCUUCCCGCUGAACAAACUUAUUGCAAGACAUGUACAUUCUGGAGAUAUAGAUGGAGCUCUCAGAGUGUUCCACGGAAUGGGAGCUAAGAACACCGUCACAUGGAACUCCCUGCUCGUUGGGUUUUGUAAAGAUCCAAGUAGAACGAAGGAAGCACACCAGCUGUUCGACGAAAUCCCUGAACCAGAUGCUUUCUCCUACAACAUCAUGUUAUCUUGCCACGUUCGCAACGGAAACUUCGAGAAAGCUCAGAGCUUCUUCGACCAGGCUCCGUUCAAGGACUCUGCGUCAUGGAACACGAUGAUCACAGGGUACGCUCGAAGAAAGGAAAUGGAAAAAGCGCGGGAACUGUUCUACGCCAUGAAAGAUAAAAACGAGGUUUCUUGGAAUGCAAUGAUCUCUGGUUACGUAGAGAGCGGGGAUUUGGAAACGGCGUCACGUUUCUUCGAAGAGGCUCCCGUUAGAGGCGUGGUGGCGUGGACAGCGAUGAUCACAGGGUACAUGAAGGCCAAUAAGGUUGAAUUAGCUGAGGCUGUGUUCAAAGACAUGACAGUGAAUAAAAACCUCGUAACUUGGAACGCUAUGAUCUCUGGUUACGUCGAAAACUCUCUUGCGGAAGAUGGAUUGAAGCUUUUUAAAGCAAUGCUAGAGGAAGGCACUAGGCCUAACUCGUCUGGACUGAGCAGCGUUCUGCUCGGAUGCAGCGAGUUAUCGGCCUUACGGUUUGGGAGGCAAGUUCAUCAGAUAGUGUGCAAAUCAUCUACAUUGUGUAACGACAUAACUGCGUUGACGUCUCUGGUAAGCAUGUACUGCAAAUGUGGAGAGCUUGGUGAUGCUUGGAAGCUCUUUCAGGGGAUGAAGAUGAGAGACGUUGUGGCGUGGAACGCGAUGAUCUCCGGGUACGCACAGCACGGGAAAGCUGAGAAGGCUUUGUCUUUGUUCAGUGAGAUGAGAGAUGAGAAGACCAGACCGGAUUGGAUAACGUUUGUUGCGGUUUUGCUGGCUUGUAACCAUGCUGGGAUGGUGGAUACUGGCGUAGAGUAUUUUGAUUCCAUGGUGAGAGAUUACAGGGUGGAACCAAGGCCUGAUCAUUACACGUGUAUGGUUGAUCUUUUGGGCCGAGCUGGGAAGCUGGAGGAGGCGUUGGAGCUGAUAAAAUCAAUGCCGUUUAAGCCGCACGCCGCUGUCUUUGGGACGCUCUUGGGGGCUUGUAGAGUGCACAAGAACGUGGAGUUGGGUGAACUCGCAGCUGAGAAACUACUUGAGCUUGACCCGAGUAACGCAGCCGGGUAUGUACAGCUUGCGAACAUCUACGCUUCGAGGAACCGUUGGGAAGACGUUGCAAGGGUUCGCAAGAGAAUGAAGCAGAGCAACGUUGUGAAGGUACCUGGUUAUAGCUGGAUCGAGAUUCGAAACAAGAUUCACCAUUUCAGGUCAAGCGAUAGGAUUCACCCGGACCUAGACGCAAUACACAAGAAGCUGAAGGAGUUGGAGGAGAAGAUGAGACUAGCUGGAUACAAACCGGAGCUAGAGUUUGCUUUACACGACGUAGAGGAAGAGCAGAAGGAGAAGCUCUUGUUAUGGCAUAGCGAGAAGUUAGCUGUUGCUUAUGGGUGCUUAAAGCUCCCUGAGGGGUCACGGAUACAGGUGUUCAAGAACCUGAGGAUCUGCGGUGAUUGCCAUAAAGCAAUCGAAUUUAUGUCGGAGAUAGAGAGACGAGAGAUCGUAGUGAGAGACACGACAAGGUUUCACCAUUUCAAAGAUGGGUCUUGCUCUUGUGGCGGUUACUGGUAAAAAAGACGAAGAGUUUUGACACUGGACAGGUCAAAUCUGAUGC